AAAGAUGACUUUUUCCUUUGCGGUCUCCGGAAGGCGGAAUGAUACCAGUAUCUGGUACUGAACUUUAGCUCUGUCCACCCAUGCGUCGUCGAAACGGAGGUGGCGUAGUCCCGGUGUAUUUCCGCGACUUCGCCUACCCAAACACCCGCCCUGCCUUGGUCCGUAUGGCUAGCGAUUACGGAAACAUGGGUGAACAGAGUGCGGCUUCGUUCGCUGAGUUGCUGUCUGGACCAUUGGUCGACUUCUACAUUGGUACGAACCGCGGAUACUGGAGUGUCCACCUGAAGCUUUUGUGCUAUCACAGCUCCUGGUUCGCGCAUGAACUUAGCGUCACUGAACAUGGCCGUCGUGGUGAAGCGCCGACCAAAGGUGAUUGUGGCGAAGCGGCAGCGCAAAGUCCUUUGAGACUCGAGCUUCCACAGCACUCCGCUGCCGGAUUUGUCCUCCUGGUCAAAUGUCUCUAUCAAGGAAACCUGGAUUCCCCCACCGUUUUGCCGGAUCCGUUGGCACAAUAUGAGCACGCUGUCGCAUGUCAUGGCCUAUAUCUUCUUUGCUACCAUUUUGAAAUGCCGCUGAUGAUGGAUUUAGCCAUGGAUAGCUACCGGCAAAGCUUGAACCUGAGCGGGCUUGUCCCCGAUGCUGAAGAGCUGUGCACCCUAUAUGGACGUUCGCCUAGAAGUAAAGAGACGAAUAAAGGCACCCCAGAGAGGCUAGGAACAUUGGCCAAUAUUUUAGAAGAAAUGGAUCCCUUUCGGAAGUUGAUGAUUAAAAUUGCCGCUCGUCAGAUUAUGGCCCCUGAGACUGUCGAAAAUGCUCAAUCAUAUCAACGCUGCUUUGAGGGCGAAGACGGGCUAGGCUUUGCCGUAGCUCUUGUGAACGCGAUCAGAGAUGGUAGCGGUGCGAUGCUCUUCGAUGACCCUACGGAACCCAGGAAAGCCUGUGAGUACCAUGGCCAUGCCGAAGGUGAAGCUUGCCUAGCAAGAAGGAAAAGCAAGGGCAGAAUGGGUAGGUGAUCCAUUCCUUUACUGUCGUUUACCCCCACGCCCUCAGUCAUACGCAGAAAUCGAGCCCUACAAGAUUCAGUCGUGAGCACCCGGGCGUCAACAUCUCCGGCAAAGAUUUUCGGAUCCAAAUGUCCACCACAGGCAGACCAAAAUCAAAAC